UCCACAACGACACCCUCUACUCCAAGCCAAACGUACCUCAACAUCUGCGAACGUCGUCAUCAUGCAGAUCUUCGUCAAGACUCUCACCGGAAAGACCAUCACCCUUGAGGUCGAGUCUUCCGACACCAUCGACAACGUCAAGUCCAAGAUCCAGGACAAGGAGGGUAUCCCCCCUGAUCAACAACGCCUUAUCUUUGCCGGAAAGCAGCUUGAGGACGGCCGUACCCUAUCCGACUACAAUAUUCAGAAGGAGUCGACGCUCCACCUCGUUCUCCGUCUUCGCGGCGGCAUGCAGAUCUUCGUCAAGACCUUGACCGGCAAGACCAUCACCCUCGAGGUCGAAUCAUCCGACACCAUCGACAAUGUCAAGUCCAAGAUUCAGGAUAAGGAGGGUAUCCCUCCCGACCAACAGCGAUUGAUCUUCGCUGGAAAGCAACUCGAGGACGGCCGUACCCUUUCGGACUACAAUAUCCAGAAGGAAUCCACCCUGCACCUUGUCCUCCGUCUCCGUGGUGGUAUGCAAAUCUUCGUCAAGACUCUCACUGGCAAGACCAUCACUCUGGAGGUUGAGUCAUCCGACACCAUCGACAACGUUAAGUCGAAGAUUCAGGAUAAGGAGGGUAUCCCACCCGACCAACAACGCCUGAUCUUUGCCGGCAAGCAGCUUGAGGAUGGUCGCACCCUCUCCGACUAUAACAUCCAGAAGGAAUCCACCCUGCAUCUCGUCCUGCGGCUGCGUGGUGGCAUGCAGAUCUUCGUGAAGACCCUUACCGGCAAGACCAUCACAUUGGAAGUGGAGUCCUCAGAUACCAUCGACAAUGUCAAGUCGAAGAUUCAGGAUAAGGAGGGUAUCCCACCUGACCAACAGCGUCUCAUUUUCGCUGGUAAGCAGCUGGAGGAUGGUCGCACCCUGAGUGACUAUAACAUCCAGAAGGAGUCAACCCUCCACCUCGUUCUUCGGCUGCGUGGUGGCCAGUAAGCUGGCAUGAUCUGUUUGGACCACUUGUCGAGGUCACGGUGGCGACAAGUUUUUCGGCGUUUGGGGAUAACUACCAUCGGGUCAAGGGAAUAGCAUGAUUUUAGGGAAUUCGUGACCAAUCUACUUAGGGCUCAUACAUAAUAUUGAGCGAGGGAAUACAAACAGGCACUGCAGCCUCAUUUUGCU